CAAUAACUAGCCACGAAUAAAUAUAUUUCCUCCCGUCUUUUAAAAUAAAAAAAAGGACCUUUGUGCAACUUUCUUUUCCCCUUUUAAUCAUUGAUAGCCUAUAAUUCCAUGACUGCUUGCAGUAUUUCACGCCCGAACCUUGUUUAUCUCACCCCUACCGGGCCGGAGCUGAACCUUGCCCCGUCGCCCUGGUGCUAUGAUCCCGGCCUUGUUUCACGCGUGGCCCUUAAGAAUCCCCAGUGUUGCUACACUAGGAGCGGUGUAGGGGGAACAAAGGCCGCAGGAGUUCGUGGCUUUUAGCAGUGACCAUGCAUCUUCCUGUGAAAGUGCUUAUAAUUGGGGCUGGAAAUCGGGGACAGAUUUAUUCAUCUUUUGCCAAGGAUUUUCCAGAGCGGAUGAAGGUUGUGGGAGUUGCAGACUGCCGCCAGGUUGCCAGACGGAAUUUGCAAAUGAAAUACUCUGUGGCAGAUUAUAAUGUCUUUGAUGAUUGGAGGGGAGCUGCAUCACAGGAGAAGUUUGCAGAUGCAGUGAUCAUAGCAACACCUGACAGACAGCACAAGGAACCAGCAGUGGCAUUUGCAGAAAAAGGCUACCACAUCCUGCUGGAGAAACCCAUGGCUGUGACUGUUGAUGAUUGUAAGGACAUCAUUGCAGCAUGUAAGAAGCACAAUGUGAUGCUUGCCGUUUGUCAUGUCCUGAGGUACUCACCAGCAAUUUUAAAAAUAAAGGAGCUGCUAAGCCAGGGAGUGAUAGGAGAAGUGGUCCACAUCCAACAUCUGGAACCUGUUGGUUUUUAUCACUUUGCACACUCAUUUGUGCGAGGGAACUGGAGAAAUGAGCAGGAGAGCACCUUCUCACUAAUGGCUAAAUCUUGCCAUGACAUUGACAUCAUCAACAGCCUGAUCGAGAAAAGGUGCAUCAAGGUUUCAUCAUUUGGAUCUCUCUCACAUUUUACCAAAGAAAAUAAGCCUCAGGGUGCUGCUUCCAGAUGCUUGAAUUGUGCUGUGGAGCAGAACUGUCCAUAUUCUGCCAAGAAGCUCUACCUGGAAGGUGUCAAGAAUGGUCAUAAAGAAUGGCCUAUCUCAACUAUCUGUGAAGGCGCUGAUGUUGAUAUUGAGUCAGUUACUAAGGCACUUCACGAAGGACCAUAUGGGAGAUGUGUGUACGAAUGUGACAAUGAUGUUGUCACCCAUCAAGUUGUGAAUAUGGAGUUUGAAGGGGGAGUGACAGCAGCUUUCACUAUGGUGGCCUUCACUGAAAAACUGUGUAGCAGGAUUAUAACAGUUUAUGGAACUAAGGGUGAGCUCUCAAGUGAGGGCCAGGAUCCAGUGAAAGUUUUUGACUUUCUUACACAGACAAAGAAAGAAUACCCCUUGGAUUAUUCUAUACUGCAACAAACACGGCUUUCGGGGCACGGUGGAGCAGACUACUACCUUAUGGACAGUUUUAUACAAGCUGUUGCUGAGAAUAAUCCAUCACUGAUCAAGACAGGUCCCGAGGAAACCCUGGCCAGUCACCUGCUGGUCUUUGAUGCAGAGCAUGCUCGAAGAGAAAAUCGCAUUGUCUACUGUAAUUGAGCAGAAUAAUCAACAGCUGAGGUCACUCAACAAGUGGAAGAAAUUUGUGAGGAGUUUUCAGGAAUUAGAACUUGCAAUGCAGAGCUUUAUACAUUCCAGGUAUAACCUGCUGAUCAGUAGCAGUGGGAAGUAAACCAGGUUCAGUAUCAGCUCUAUUCUUCAAGAUAGAUUUUGAAAUCUACUAUUGAUUAGGGGAUGGAAUUGAGUCUCUUAUUAAAAUGCUCAGGUAUAAUGAAGUAUUAAAGGAUAGUUUGUGCAUUAUCAGUGAACAAUAGUCCAAGAUGUAAGUUCUAGUUAUUAGCACCAAUAAUCAGGGAAUGAAUUUCAGGUAUUUGAUUUACUUUCAGAAAUCAACAGAAAAAGAUAGGUCAAUGUAAGACAAUGCUUUAAAUGGAGGUGAGUGUCAAUGAGGCAGGCAGUAAAUUAGUAAGUAAAGGGAGUAAAUGAAUCAGGAAACUAGAUCAAUUCUAUUUGUCACUGAGCAAACUGAAAUCUGCACCAGGAGAAAGGGUGGGUCAGUGUUGUUUGACUUUAUAUUGGUUUGAACAGUACAGUAACUGGAUUUUGUUGUGAAUUAGGUUACUGAACAACAGUUCUAGAAAAGAACAUGAUUUUCUACCAACUGAAUUUAACUGUAAAUAAUUUUCACAAAGUACUUAAUGGCACAGUCAGAUUAAUAUUAAAUAGGAAGGGUUAGAACUGCCCACUGGUUUUAAAUUGGUAGUUUAAAGGGAAUCUACUGGAAUUUGCUUUUAUUUUCCAAUUCAUGCAGGGCUGCUAUGACAGAAUAAGAUUGGUGGGAAAAGUCUGCUAGAAAGAGCUUCCUUAUAGUGGGAACAUGUUGCCUAGACUCUAGACAGUCAAUCUACAUCAAUAACAAAGUGAUACAAGUGUCACCAAGUUUCUUCUAGCUGUGAUUCACCAGUACAUUCAGUUUACAGCUGAACUCCUGAGGCGAGGCAAGGUGUCUGCCUUGACAUCAAAGCAGAUUUGACUGUGGCCUUGGGAGGUCCAAUAAAGCUGAAGUGAUUGGACAUCUUGACACAAAAAAUAGGGAGUAAACUGUACAAUUUUGACCAAUAAAUGAUGAAGGAACACUAGUAUACAGUAUGUCCAACAUGAAGUGUAUGACUAGGGAGAUUUGUAAAAGACGUAACUUCCCUUCUAGUCAUGAAGCCGCAUAUUUUGGGAGAUAAUAUUGAUGAUGCUUAUGUAAGUUAUGAUACAGUAGUAUUGAUCACUGAUUUCUUGAGCUAAAAAUCAACUACAGGGAUGUUUGAAAUGUUUCCAUAUCUAUGUCAUCUCUGCAGGUACCAAACUAGACAAAUACUUUUUGAUGCUGAAACAUUAUGCAAAACUAUUUGGUUGAAGAUUGCUUAGUGAUGAAUCAUGCAGGGUGAUUUUUCUGCAGAGAUGUUUUUACCAUAAUGUAACUGAUUUAUAAAUGUAAGUUGGUGUUACAGAAUCAUCAACCAAAUGCUUUUAACUUCAGACUAGCCCGAAAACAACAUUUAUAUAAUUCCCAUAAUGUAGAAAAAUAUCCCUAACAUCUUUUACAGAGGCAUAAUCUGUCAAAAAUAAAUAGUGGCAUGGAAUUUUAAAAGCACAUAAUAGCUGACUGGUUUGCUCACGUAGACAGCCUUACUGUUUUCUCAAGGAACUGGUAUUUUUUGCCUGAAGCCUGAAACUUCCAGAUAGCCUUUUGCCCUCCUUAUCUGCGAAUUCCGCAUCCGCGAAUUCAACCAACUGCGAAUCACGAAAACCAGGAAGUGCUCUUCCAGCACUUGUUGUUCGAGCAUGUACAGACUUUUUUUCUUGUCAUUAUUCCCUAAACAAUGCAGUAUAACAACCAUUUUACAUAGCAUUUACAUUGUAUUAGGUAUUAUAAGUAAUCUAGAGAUGACUUAAAGUAUACGGGAGGACGUGCAUGGGUUAUCAUGGAUCAGGAUCGAAAAAAAUCGGAAGUUCUCUUACUAAGUAAGUCGGAACAGGUACAUCUGGUAGUAUUUAGUGUAAAUUAGUCAAACAUUUGCAUUCAUAUAUAGUAUAUAUUUUACCUUUCUAUGCAUAUAAAACACUUAAGAACAUAUGUUUCAGCGCCGGGCUCGGGAAGUUCCCGAGUUCAAUCUAGUGACAGAUCACUAUGGAGUGCACUCUCCACCGUGCCGGGUUAAUGUGGAGGAUCAAAACCCAAAACCACCAAAACCCAAUAAUUAAACACUGCAUUGCUUAGUAAUAAUUGUAGCUUUCAUUGGGGCACAGCCUUUCUCACUUUAUCCUUUAAAAUUGUUCCGAUCGUUGACUGACAUAGCCUAACGCUUUUCCAAUGACCAAUGGCAUUUCACUUUUUUCCGAUCGCUUUAUUAUUUCCAUUUUAUUUUCAAUCUUUAUCAUGAUUAUUUUCGUGAACAGAAACACUGCAGAUUCAGAACUUUACUGCUGAGUCCUAAUGUCCACCGCACUGAGACAGGUUAAAUAAGGUCUUGGGUUCUGCUGGGUCCUAAGGUCCACUGCAUUGGUACAGGUUGAAUAAGGGACUUGAGCAUCCAUGAGGGGUCCCGGAACCAAUCCCUCGUGGAUAAGGAGGGUCGACUGUAUCUUCAUGAUCUCAGGCAAACUCAUUGCAGUGCCUGUACUAUACACCAAUAACAGCCGUUCUUAUGGAAUGAAGACAUAAAUAUUGAAUUGACACAGUUACAUUAUUGAUCUCCAGUAAACACAAGUAAUUCUGCAGCUGCUGGAAAUCCAAAGCAACACACACAAAAUGCUGGAGGAACUCAGCAGGUCAGGCAUCACCUAUGAAGUUGAAUAAGCAGUUGAGACCCUUCUUUACCACACGUUACCAUAUUAUAAGUGAUUUAUAAAGGUAAGUUGGUGUUAUUGAGUCAUCAAUCAAAUGCUUUUGAUCUCUGGUGUUGGUUUGUUAUCAUGAAUAUUAAAAAUUACUUGACUUCA